GAGCCAUUGGAGAGGCUUUGGGGGUGGGGGUGGGUUCUCCCCAAUUCUGGGAGAAAAGCCGGGAGAGACUGGGGUGGCCAAGCCCCAGGAACCAGGCUCCAGACUCGGGGGAAGAAGGCAAGAGUGGAAGGGGAUCGCCUUGCUAAAGAUCACUAGGCUUCUCCUUGGGAGGAGCCGGGGAGGCACUGGGGAGGAGGCCGGAGCUGCAUGGAGUUUCUGGGGCUCACAACUCCAGCGGGGCCUCGGCCACUGGGCUCCCGGGUGCAGCGAGGAGGCAGCCGCGCACAUGGGCUGAGCCCGCGCGGCCAGCGGGCGCGGGAGGGGUAGAGGCGAGCUCGGUGCAGGGGGUGCGGGGCGCACGUUUUCCCAGACGGGAGGCGAGGACAAGGACAGGGGAGGAAGGAGCAGCCUGGAUCACCGCGGGCUCUGCAAAGAUCAGCAGAGAGACUCAAGGGAAAGGGAAAAUUAUUCGCGCGGGGUUCCCGGGCGCCACUGGGUUGGGCAAAGCGGCCUCGCAACCGGAGUGGGGGACGCCGUGGGAGCCGGCGACAGAGAGGAAGGAUGCCCGCGCGGGGACGCGUGUGAGCGCCAGGCUGAGCGCUCCGUUUCGCGUCGCCCCCUCCCUGCGGGCCUCGGAGGAGGAGGUGCCUGGGCAGCCGGGCAGCGGAGCCCCGGCUCCAAGAGAGGGAAAAGAUGCCGUUCCACCAUGUAACCGCUGGCUUGUUGUACAAGGGGAAUUACCUCAACCGAUCUCUGUCUGCAGGCAGUGACAGCGAACAGUUGGCUAAUAUCUCUGUGGAAGAACUGGAUGAAAUCCGAGAAGCCUUUCGUGUUCUGGACAGAGAUGGGAAUGGCUUCAUAUCCAAGCAGGAGCUGGGUAUGGCCAUGCGCUCUUUGGGGUACAUGCCGAGUGAGGUGGAGCUGGCUAUCAUCAUGCAGCGUCUGGACAUGGACGGAGAUGGGCAGGUGGAUUUUGAUGAAUUCAUGACAAUUCUUGGGCCCAAGCUAGUGUCAUCAGAAGGUCGUGAUGGUUUCCUUGGAAAUACGAUAGACAGCAUCUUCUGGCAGUUUGACAUGCAGAGAGUCACCCUGGAAGAGCUGAAACACAUCCUGUACCACGCCUUCCGGGAUCACCUAACGAUGAAGGACAUUGAGAACAUCAUCAUCAAUGAGGAGGAGAGUCUGAACGAGACCUCGGGGAACUGCCAGACGGAGUUUGAGGGAGUUCAUUCACAGAAACAGAAUCGGCAGACCUGUGUCCGCAAGAGCCUCAUAUGCGCCUUCGCCAUGGCCUUCAUCAUAAGCGUCAUGCUGAUCGCAGCCAACCAGAUCCUGCGGAGCGGCAUGGAGUAGCAGCCUCGCACCAGCCACACCGCGUUGCCAGCUCACCGCGCAUGUGCAUUCCCCGCGGGCAGACUCUGUUCCUCCACACGGGAGAUCUGGACCUAUGGAUGGAUGCAGGAGUUGGUACAGUUUAGUAAAGAACUCAAGUUUGCAUUGCAACCGGGGUCACGGAUCAACUCCAUCUCCUUGGCAGGGACACUAAAGGGCUGUCUUCAAUGCUUUCAUGGUUUUGUUUCCCAAUGCAAUAAAUACCCGGGAGUUCUCAAUUAUUGCUUCAAUCGCCAGUAGCAACUCCGAAGGAGGAAAAAAAACAAACUGUUUUCUUUUCGUCUUGGACUUCCAGUAGCCAUCCAGGUAUCGUGGUGGCAUCAGAGAGCAAGAAAGAAAAGACAGGUGUGAACAACACUCACCUCCCUCCAUGCCCGAUUCUUUCAACCUGGGGACCCACAGAGACUCCCUGCUGAGGCCGACCUCUGGGUUGCUAUAGAAAAGGGGAAUUUUCAUCUCACCCUGGCUUCCUUCCUCUACCCAGUGGAGACCCCUCCCCCCAAGGCAUGAGGGGGAAAGCCAUUAAGCAGGGCUCAGCUCCUUGCAGUCCCUGCUGUUCUUAUUGCCUUUUCUACAGGACUCCUGUGGGUAGAGCUGGGGCGCUCUCGGUUGGUUUCCAUGGCACGUGGCUUUCGGUUUCUGAAGUCCAUCCCGCACCAGCAUCUUGGAAUCUGCAGAGAGCCUGGCUCCCAGCUUUCUUGCCUGUACCACCGUUAGAGAAAACAAAAAUCAUAAUCUGGGUGUCUAUAGCCCAGAUGCACAGACAGACAAGAGACUUCUCCGCAUUUGAUGCUAUUCUUCCCUGAUCGUUAACUUUGGAUAGGAACUGGUCCUCUAGCUCACAUCCAUCCCUGCUUCUUGGGAGCAGAGGGUGAAGCCACUGGGGCAGGGGAAGGAUUGAGCCUGGUGGGCGAGGAUGCAACCGAAAUAAGAGAGCCCCUCCCAGUCGCCAUACUAGACAACAUCUGUGAGUUAGGGUUGGUGUGCCUCAUCUCGGACUUUAUUAGUGAGUCUUUCCUCGGCUAAGAGAAAGCGACUUAGAACCUGGAACAGAAAGGCUUUGGGAUCCAGUUGCUGUAUUUUGCUUAGUAGCUCAUGACAGAUUGUGCCAGUGACUCAUUCAAAAGGGAGAGAUGUUAAUGGGCGUGGCUGAUAGAACAGGGAGACUUAAGUCCUGAUCACAGGACUCUUCUGUUGGGGUGGAGAGCUCAAUGUCUGGGUCUGUCUUUAGUAGCAGGCCAAGGCUCUCAUUUCUUUGAGUUUCCCUAGAUUCACUAUGAACUCAAGCGCGAGUGGUCAGAUUGCCUGUCUUCUGUAGAUGUGCUAAUUCCCUUUGCAUUUUUUUCUGAGCCCAAGUCGUUAUUUUUGUAGUGGAAUUGUCCCGCUCCUUCUUCCUCAGAUCUCAGCCAGGAGCUCCCUGACUAUCCUCCAGCCACAUUGAGGCGCCAGCAGCUUUGCUCUCUGUCUCUCCAUGCAGCCGAGUAGGGUCUUUUUGGUGCGAUGCAUAUCCCCCCCCCCCCCCCCCCCGUUACUGCCGCCUUAGACUUGUAUCAUGCAAGGUCUCCUUAUAGGGUCUUCCUUUAGCUCACCUCUACAAGCACUCUGUGCGGUAGUGUGGAGGGCAGCUGCAGAUAUUUUAGCGUGUGAAUAUUCACCAAGAGCACAAGUCAAACUAGGUUUGAGCCAUAGCAUAGGGAAAAGAGAGCAAGUCGGAGGUCCCAAGAGCCCGAGGGGGCACAGAGUCACUUCAUCAAACUGCCUGGGGUCUGGCACAUCCAGGCAGCAGCCUGCUUCCUUUCUUAAGGUGCCCUCUGCAAACCCGCCCUCUCUGUUACUUCCCUAGGCUGAGUCACCAUGGUCCCCUUAGGACCAGACUCCUGAACUAGAGCAGGUAGACACACAGAAUAUUAAUACACUGCACAACUUCCCACCCCCCUUAGAUCCUUCCUGGGGCAGUUGCCCUCUCUCUGCCGAUGCGGGCAGGAAAGCAAGCCUAGCUGGCAGCAGCAUGCUUCCCUAUCACUUGCUGACGCUUGGACCUCCAAACUGCAUCCCCCUGGGAGCACAAACCAGGUGAAUGCUUCUGGAAGUGUAGGACUCUAAGGACCCGAAGGGGGCCGAUGCCGUGCCGCAGCCGAGCUGAGCUACCAAGGUGGAGCAUCAAGAUUUCUUCAAAUGUUGCUUUCCUGUACCACCUGUCCCAUACUGAAGGAGGCCGGUCCCCAAAGACGAAGAGUCUAGAUUCCUUCAGCAGAGAUGUGAUAAAAAGCCUGCUUCCUACAAGGGCAUGAGCGUCCCCUCCCUUAAAAAAAGAAAGAAAGGGAAAAGAACAGAAACCUCCUGCAUCCCUCCCAAUUGUGCAGAAGGGACAACAGGAAACAAACCAGCAGAUUCCCUCCGAUGGCCCAGAAGUUAGCCCCCGAGCAGUCUCCUCGUCUGAGGCACCCAGCAGCUGAAUGCAGCAGUGAAGGAAACCAGGUCUAGGGAUGUCCCUUAGACGCAAGGGGCUGAGAGUGUGCUUAGGUGGCCUGCCCUCUAGCUGGUUUGCUUGUAUUAUUUGUCUUUGAUGUAUUUAGGGUGUUGGGCUUCUUCCCAUACAGCCCCACUCCCAGCUCACACAAAUGCUAUCCUGAGGUUCAUGGCCAUCCAACAUCCUCAUGACAGUAACUGAGGAGGAGCUGGUUGGCUGAUGGUUCCAGAAAGUUCUGCCUCCCAUGCUCAAGGGAAGCCCUCCAUGUGCAGCUGACGUGCCCUCUGUAGGAGAGGCAGGGGCCUCAGUCUUUGCUGCCUUGUCAGUGACAGAGGCUGCCCAGCCAUGAGGUGACUCGGCGACCGGCUCAUUCUUGCUACCAGCCCAGCUCCACGCCCACAGCCCUCCACGAAUGACAGACACUAGGACAGCAUUUGACCUGGGACAGAAAGACAAGCUGACUCUGGACCCUGUAACCUUCAAACAAGCUGUCCCCUCACUGUCCCGGAUGUAGAUGGAAUCCCAGAUGGGACUCCACCAUGGAACUGUUACCAAUGGCUUCCAGAAUGUGUGCAAGUUCCAUGUGACCUCUAUAAGAGGUUGCCAUGGAAACAUUGCAUCCACCCUGAGUUUGCCAAGGUACAAACACAGGGAACACUUUCUUAAAGAGCACUCUAGGUCCUACCCGCCUGCACUAUGACCCCCAGAACCCAUCUCCUGCUGAGAUGGGGAAUUAACCUCUGAGAAUAUGCAUGGCUUCCUUGCCUUUUCCUAUUGUAUUUGAACUUGCUCUUCCCCCAACUCAGGAGAAAAGGAGUUAAGCCCUGUGUGGGUAGCCUCCUCACCUCUAUCCUUUAUCCCACUCCCCUGAACAAGACUCUCUACACAUGGGAGGAAUAAGACCACCCUAUCAUUUGGCAGGCAAAAACACACUUUAAGCUUGCCGUCUUUAAAGGCGUUUGCUUGUUUGUUGAGACUUUCCUUUCUGGGAGCUAGAAAUAGGAACUGAGGUGCACUUGCGGUUCUCAAGCGUUCUUGUGCAAGCUCAGUGAUUGCAGGAAGUUUUGGGUGACUUGGAUAUGCAGAGACCAGGACAUCUAGGCAUCUUCCAUACCUGCUCCUAUCUCAAAGUUUACAUGACAAGUGGUCUAGUAUCUGAAAGAAUGGGAUCAAAAACAGAAUGGCAGCCGGCGUUGAGGAGAGCAUCCCUCCUGCCCCCCAGCCAUUAGUCCCAGACCUCCCAGUCCCAGUCGAUGGACUCUCAGAAGUGAUUGGAAAACCUAGGAGCAGGGAGAGAAAUGCCUGGCUUUUAUUGCAGUCUCUUCCAAUGGGCUCAAGUCCAGACUCAGGUCAUAAAUUGAAGAGUGUUGUAUACGUUGAUUUUGGAUCUAAGACUGGUGGUGUCCACAGGAGCCUAUGAAAUCAUCAUCAGAAGAUGAAGAGGUGACUGGUACUUCCUGGGUUGGGUUGACUAGGCUGUGUCUGGUUGCCUGUUGUAUGUGGAACUGUUUCCUUGUAUGCCCUUGAUGAAAGUGCUAAGUUUUGUACCUCAAAGCAUAUUAGGUCAUGUCCCUACACUCUAUCACUAAAGGUCCACAACUACCCUAUCUACCCUGUUACCUAAGAUAUGCAGAGAGUCUGGAACCUUCUUGUGCAAAGGGUCCUUAUUUUUAUAUGAUUCUAUGAUAACGGUACUGAUGCGCUCCGAUGGAUCUUCUAGACUUUGACGCAUACUGUUUCUAUGACCUGGGAAGCAUCCAUCCCCCCAAACAACUUUAGACGAGUGUUGUUUUUUCCACUGGCCUCUUCCAGGAUGCCCUACUAGUCUGCGAGUCCAGAACUCACAACCGUAUUCCUUCCGUCCACAUUGAUUCCCUGGCUCCCCUCCUCCACGAGGAGAGAAUUCAUUCGAAAUAGAAGAGCUAUGCAGUCAUUAGAGUUUUUAACUUGAAUUAUUUAUAGUCAGGACAGAAUAGAGGAGAAGCUAGGCCACCUCAUCCAGUCCCUAUCCCCAUGAUCAUGUAAAUGUCACAAUUGCUUAGCUUCAUUCCACCCGCACUUUGACUAACACUCAGGGGACUAUUCUCAGCUAUGUGGCCUUGCCACAUGCAGUUUGGUUUGGAGGAAGGGGGCAGACAUACCAGCUAACUAAGCCUUCUCUUUGGAUCCUAUGCUCACUGCAAAUGCAUUACCGUCGUGUUAACGCCAAUGGUUUAUAUUUAAUAUUGGCUCUAAUUUAAAAAUACCACAAAGAAUGCUUGAUUCAGCCAGAUAUGGGAAAGCAUGCUUGUAAUUCCUGGAACUUGACAAACUGAGGAUGAAGGGUUGAAGUUUAACAUCUGCCUGGAUUGUAGAGCAAGUUCGAGGCCAGUCUGAGUUACAUAGUUAAGUUCUAGGCAAGCCUGGGCUACAUACAGAGAUCUGGUCUAGCAUGAGCUAACGGAAUGAGAUUCCUUCCCACUCAAAGGGGAAAGAAAAAUCAUUUUUCCCCCGAUGCACAAAACAGCCCCCUGUACCUCAACAUUACUUGCUCAGCACCUAUCUUGGCUAGUUUGUCUACUGAGGACACCCCAUGUUCUGGACAUAGGGUCAACCUUUUCCUCAGGUGGGAUGUCUUGGCUUCCAAACCAGUCCUUAUGAAACCAAGGGUAGUGGGCAUACCUAUAAUCCCAGAAGUUGGGAGGUGCAGGAACUCAGAAUAGGAGUUCAAGGUCGCCCUCUUCUACAGAACAAGUUGAACUGAGUUACAUGUGAGGACAUACACACACACACACACACACACACACACACACACACACACACACACACACGAUGAGGGGGGUAUCUAACUGAAAGGAGUCAGGGACUAGAAUUUUCCAGCUAAUUCAGAGAAUGCAGAUUUCACCGGGAUGUUUGCUCCAUCCUUGGACUUGACAGAGAUAGUUUUUAAAGGAUACAUACAUACAUACAUACAUACAUACAUGGCCUUGUAUAUCUGGCCUACUUUGAAAUGUCCAAGGGACUGCCUAUCAGCGUGUUCCCAGUUACAAGCUCUGUGGACGCCAAUAGGAAGCAAGUACUCACUCUGUGUGGAUGCUGACCCCUGCCCACCCCAGCAUGCCUUGCCUGACACUCUGAGACCUGUGAACGGGGGCCUGAAAACAGAAUAGAAAAACCAAAGGAGACAGCAUUAUCACUUGGGAAGAGCACCGGAAAUAGGAUCCUUGCUGCUAGGAGCCGGGGGAAAAGAUAUCUCCAGUAGAGAGGACUCAGAAGUCCUGUGUGUUGCAUCGUUCAUGGGUGGUAGCUUGUUUUGUGACAUGAGUCCCAAGAGGCAGCUGGGUGCUCCUUUUGGCGCCCUCUGGUUCCCAGUCAACAUGUCACAUGUCACACAGGUGAGAGACUUUUUUUUUUGUUCGUUGCCCAAAAGCUUGCUGAGUCAAGAUGAGCUUUUGUGUCUCCUUGGAAUGAAAAUAGAGCCUGAAAAAUGAAGAUUUGGUCCCCUGGAUAAAGGUCACAUGGCGUCUAAAUUCAUGAGUCUAUAGGUUGAUUCCCAAAAUAUGCUACUCCCCAAGUCUGCCUAAGAAUGCCUAACUGGAAACUCCCCAAAUAAAGGACUCACAUCCAGCCACGCUUUCCCCAUUAUUGCCGUCUUUCGCCCUGGCCACUGGACUCUGGAGCAGUUCAAGUGGAUGUGGUCCUGGCUUGGAAUCAUUCAUAAUUCCACAGAAGGCAGGAAGUCACCACCGCUAACGAGUGUCGGGUGGCGAGUCCGGGGUGCAGGACCAGCAGCAUUCUGAAGCUGGAGCGAGAGGAGCUGGACAAAGGUGCCUGCCACAGCAAUGCUCCAACCAUAGCAAGAGACACGGGUGAGGAAGAACAGCUCCCAGGUACCCAAGUCUUUGUCCCUUCUUCCUCAUGCCUACCCCAGAGCCUGUGUGAGCCAGGUAUAGUGGCAUACACCUGCAGUCCCAAAACACGAGAGGCAGAGGCAGGAAGAGUGUGGCAAGUUAGAGCAGCCUGGGCUACACAGUGAGUUCAAGGUCAGCCUGAGCUGCAGCGUGAGACCUCACAAAACAAUGGGAAUAAUAAACUCCUAGCUCCUGAUUCUUUUUUGUUUUUCCAAGACAGGGUUCCUCUAUGUAGCCCACAGCUGUCCUGAAACUCGCUCUGUAGACCAGGCUGGCCUUGAACUCACAGAGAUCUGCCUGCCUUUGCCUCCUGAGUGCUGGGAUUAAAGUUGUGUGUCACCACCCCCCCUGGCUAGUUCCUGAUUCUUGAAGCAGCCUGAGAUCUAGUCAGUGUUCACAGGCAACCCCAGUGUUCUUCCCUGAAAAGACUUGCUCUCAGCUCCCUGGUCCAAGUUCACAUAGAUCGGGGACUCUGAGGAAACCUUAGGGGGCUCUCCAGUGACUCCUCAGAGUGGGGAUUGAUUUCUCUUCCCAGAUUCUGAAUUCAGGAAGAAGCUAAUUGCCCAAGGACUAACCCCAGGUCAUAUUCAUGGAAGCCAUUCAAAAUCUGAAAGUCUGGUCCUGCCAAAUGUGGGAGAACUGUGGUCCUCCGGAGAGGGUGGGAACAGACCGUUAACCUAACCUGAUUCUCAAAGCACAGAUGUAAAUGGCUGGGAUUCGAACCCCUACAUGCUGGGUGUCUCAGAAGCACAGGUAAAGACUGUUCUAAACAGGAGCUUCUUGCCUCUCCUUCCAGAAUGUUCCAGUCAGGUGUCAAUCAUGCAUCUCAGUUUCCCAUGUUACCUCAUUUACAUUCUUUUGUUUUGUUUUGUUUCCUUCAUUUAGUGUGAGUUGGUGAUUUUCUGCUAUUAAGUGGUGAGACAGCAGGUUAGUGAAAUAAAAAAAUAUCUUUAUAUCAAAUGUAAAUAUUACUAUAAAUGAACUUGGCAUGCAACUUAAGUGAUCCAAUGAAGCGAUAUUAUUAACAUGUUAUCUUACUGUAUAAAGGGAAAAUGACUGCCAUAUAUGUGCCAGACGUUUUCUGUAACCAAACUUGUCUGUAAAUAUAUAAUCUUAUUUAAAAAGAGUCUAAUUUACCAUUAUUUAUGCAAUAGAAAAAAUAAAAGUUCUUUUUUUGUUUCCUUUUGA